GUGAAGAGGCGUUCUUGUACCACAAGAAAAAAUACCUUUCCCGGCGUAGGAGCUUGACGGAGCCCUGACAUGAUUGUAUUCUCCUCCACUGGCCAUUGCCUGAAUGGAGGGAGUUUGAGCAGUGAAAAUAUCCGAUCAGUAUCACAGUCAUAAUCUACAGGCAACGGGAUUAGGAGGAUUGAGGAAAUAUUAUUAUGUCACGGGCCGCAGCUACCGGCGGGGAGGAGAAGGUCUUCAAUGCCGAAGAUAGGAGGGUUCGAGUCCUGAAUCCUAGGAAGACUGCCGCCGGGGGUCACACAGUUCACGCCUCCAUUUUCCAAGUACGUUCAGCGUGCGUAGCUUGCAACGUGGGAGCGACCGCCACGUGCUUCAUGGUCGAACAGCUCAACAAAGGCGCUCAUCCCUGCUACUAUUUCACGACUGCCGCACAAGUUAUUUUUUGCAGCGAUUGUGGAGAGUAUCGUUGGGUUCAGAUUGUGUACGAAUGGGAUCCCAAGGAUUCCAUACCCAGUAGCACGUUCCUGCCGGAUGAAACCUUUGUCGAGGAAAACAAUGACCGAGGAUGGCUGCGGGUGCCCGAAGACUACAUAAUGAACUGCAGAGAAGGCAAGGGAGAGUGGGAUCGCUAUCCGUAUGAUUAUGGUAUUAUUGCUCUGCGCAAGGACAACUUGGAACAGAGACUAAAGAAUGAGCUUGACAAGCUGAGCGGUGAAAAUGCAAUGGUGCGCGUCCCAAUGGCCCAACAGCCGCGUAUGGAGUCUGUUGACCAGGCGUUCCUGUGCGGGUUUCCUGCAGAGGUCAAGAACGAGAAGGUACUAGGUCACAUGUACUGGGUGCCCGUUGAUAAAUCCAAGAAAGCUGAACCGCUACAGGAUGACAUCGGCUUUAAAAAGCGCAGAAGCCAGGAGAGAGAGACCUCUGCACUGUUCGCCAUGCCGCAACGUCAUAUGAAUGACGGCGAUGGCGAUGGAAAGAACAGAAGCAGCAGCAACCAGGACCUUGUAGUCAAUCGACUCUACCGUCACUACAUUUAUACAAGCGGUGGACAGGCCGGCUCACCCGUAUACUCCUACAACGAUGAAGAGAACGAGUACGUCGUUUACGGCAUUCAUGUCGGAUACUGGCGCUUUGAGGAUGCCAAGUCGAAUUUGUACUGCAAAGUAGCAGUGCGGAUCCAGGAGGUCUACAAAGACAUGAGUAAGUGGAUCAAACUGAAGAAGGCCGACAAGCACACUGCCCCGCCAGCUCAGAAACAUUCCACAGAAGGAUUCGUUGAGAAGAAACAACCUAGCUAUCUGUUUGGCACAGGAACACCAACUUCAGAUGAGCCUAUGGAUGAGCAGACAAGUCCCACGAUUGACAAAGCUGAACUGGAUGACAUCAUUUCAACAUGCUAUGUUAAACUCCGUCGACUGAGAAUCUUCUUCUGCGGCAAGUACGGUACUGGAAAGUCCAAUCUGAUUCGAGUUAUUCUUGGCGACGAGUUCCAAUCUAAUAAAGACAGCACAGAAGGCGUGGACGUCAGGCGAACCCUUGCUACUCUGCCAGCCAACGACAGUCAGGAAGAUGUCGCACUGCUACCCGUGUUCAGUUGCAUCCAAGAAAAUGAAUUGUCUGCACAGCUCAUGACUGCAGUAAUUCAGCAGCAGCAGCAGCAGCGGCAGCAGCAACUUGUUGGUGGCAAUAAACCAGGGGACGAAGCAGCAAUGAGCACGUCACAAGAUCCCGGAGCCUUUGGUGGAUCGUCAGCUGUGGGUUUAGAAGCAGCCGCGGGUGAAGCCAGCAACUCCAGCACCACAGAGGAAGACAUCAAUGCGCCCGUUAUCAAGAGCAGCAAUGACAGCAGUCAUACUCAUGAUGGUGACUCUCGCAUGGACAUGUCCCACAAUCAGGAAGAGAGAACUAACAAGUUGCCAUGGUCACCAGUCAUUCUUGAUGGCAUUGCUGACGAUAUCAUGGAAGAACUGCAACAAAUACGGACCGGAGAGGAUCAAACCGAACGAACCAGUGUUGAGUUUUGGGACUGUGGUGGUCAGCUAGCAAUGGCAACGCAACAGAGCAUCUGCCUUGCUUCAGAGCGUGCAAUGUUCGUGAUCACGUUCGAUGCCAGCAAAGACCUGCGCGACAAAGUGGACACUGAAGUUUUCCGCUAUGACAAAGGAAAGACUGUCUCCAUCGAGCCAUUGUUUCCCGGAAUGACUCAUGAAGAUUUCCUGCUGAUGUGGCUAUCCACUGUGUCUUUGCGCAUGCAGCAGAGUCCAGCCAGCACCAACCCAAACCCGGAGGCAGCAAAACCCACAAGCGUGCACACCGCACAGCAGUCAAGAACUGGAACGGAUCUACGGAAGACAAAGCCAAAGGUGUACCUCGUUGCAACCCACAUAGAUUUGGUCGACGAUGUCGAGGAGAAAAAGAAGGAAAUAAAUAAGGUUGUCAACGGCAUUUCAACGCGUUUGAAUUCCGCUCACCUUCAACUGGUUGGACCAUACUUUGUAAGCAA